UCUAUUAUCUAAAAGUGGCUAUAUUAUAUAGGUAAUUCCACAAAUUGUGUGAUAAUUAGGUCACAAUUUCAUCGAUUAGGUGAUCGGUGCAUACACAUCUAUACACAUUCGACCGUAGUGAGCCGUCGCAAAUAUGCCGAUUACCUUUAUAAAUAUAUUACACAAUAAAGAACCAUGAAGUUUAUUACUAUUCGGAAUCACACAAAUGCUCACUUCUAAGACACUUAGGAUGAAACAGCGCCUUGUGCCAGUGCUAUAUAACCCAGGAACAAAGAAUUCGCUCAAAGUGUAUCACCUGCAAGAAUAUGCAAGAUAUCGCGCCGGUCUUCUACCUUCUCCAACACCUAAUGAUGUUACGCUUCCAACGAGGCGAACUAAAACAGAUAGUUCAAAAGAUUUGCCUUUCUUUCGGAAAAUUGACGAUUGGCAACAACUGGUGGCAGAAGUAGAUGUUGUGGCCAAACAGUUGUCCCCAAUGCAACUGCUAGCCACUGCUAUUGCAUAUUGGAGAUUAGGAAGAGUUGGAAGGGCACAGUGGAAGAGAUUAUGCUCAGCAACAGCUCGCCAUGCCUACGGACCACAUGCAAAUAUCACAGGCAUUUCGUCUAGUGAGGUGUCUCUUAUACUAUGCUGCUAUGCGCGGGUAUUUAAUAAACCCGUGCACUCAAGUACAAGUCUACUGAGGUGGCUCGUACAGGAUGUAGGACAACUCAACGAACGUGAUGUAUGUAUGGUGUUGUUUUAUAUGCGUAAAAUGCGAUGUAUAACCCCGAAGUUGGAAACUGAAGAAAGCCGGGGCUAUGCAGCAAUCUUCAGGGCUAUAAUAUUAGGUCUAGCUCCUGAAGGAGGUAACAAAUUACCAAAGUUUUCUCCAGGGGGAUUAGCGUGCCUCGUAUCUAAUUUGGCGUACAUAGGUCACGCCCCUUGGAACAUCAUAUAUUAUGCGUGUAACAAUAUAAGGAAAAGGGCGGCCGAACUGGAUGCCAAAACAAUUGCAUUACACUGCAGAUCACUUGCAUUGUUAAAGUUGCCUGAAAAAGGUACAUUAAAAGCAUUCUCAACUUUAAUUUCCAAAAAACGAAAGUUAGAUACAGCAACAAUAACGUGUGUCCUGUAUUCUUAUGCUAAAUUGAAGUUCCGACCACGAAACAACUUUAGCGAAUUGUUGGAUCAGGUACACAAAGGCAUAUUCAUGUUCCAAGACCAUGAAGUGGCUCAGAUUGCUUUUGCAAUGGGCCAACUAGGAUACAGAAUACCAAAAGUUUACGAGAGCUUCUUUGAGUUCAUAAAAGAUCGAGUGGAGCAUCAAAAUCCACAAAAUAUAACAAUGCUGAUGCAAAGUUUCGCCAAAGUUGGUAUAUACAAUGCACAUGUUGUAGAUUUGCUGGUGAAGCAAGCUAUGAGUACACUUGAUGCGUUUACACUACCGCAUUGCAUCGCCAUGCUAGAUGCUUGUGCGGUAUUGGGCCACUUCGACCGUAAUUUAUAUCAAUCUAUCCUCGCAAAUAUUACGAAACUCUCGGAAGAUAAUCCAAGUGAAGCUACUAUCAACCAGCUCAACAGGAUCAUGUACUGCAUUCGCCAUGAGUAUCCGAGUUUUAUAGACGAACUACCAAGGACGUCACAGGUACUCAUCAAUCUUUACCAAGGCAACUUCGCUGUUCCGGCAUCUACAGAGCGAAUAUGCGACCUGUAUGAAUGCCUAAAGGAAUUGGGAAUCCCUUACGAAAGCUCUGCAGCAGUAGGAUUAUAUCGUGUAAACGCUUUAAUAAAUGGAAAUCUUGCCUUGGAUGCCUUAGCAGAGGCUGCAUUGUGCCCAGUGACGAGAGAGCCUCUGGGAAUGACACGGCUGAAAAAUAGACACCUAGCAGCAUUGGGUUAUAAACCAAUCCAGUUGAUUAUACGCGAAUGGAUUGGUAAAUCGCACGCUGAACGCAUAUCAUUGCUGCAAACAUUGCUAGUCCCUUAGACUGAUUUUGAAUUUGUCUGCACGUUUUAAAAGGUAUAGUAAAAAAACUAACAUCCGUCACCGAUAGAUGGAGUUACUGUUGCAGCUAAGCCAAGUGAAGCCAACGAUCCACGUAUAAUACCGCAUAAAAGAAACAAAUAGAACAACUUG